AUGGGAACCUAUAAAAUACUUAUGAUAUAUUUCUCAAUUUUAUCGAUUAUUUUAUCAAUUACUGAAAUAACACUUCAACCGUAUACAAUAUCAAUUGAAAUGUGUACUGUACUUUUAUCGGAUGAAAAUGUGUUUUUCGGAAUCGGAGCUCUUAGUUUUGCUGCUGGAAGUUGUGCAGCAAUAUUGCCCAUUUUCCCAAUUCAUUUUGUUUUUCGAUAUUGGAGUAUUAGAAAAAGUCGAAAAUUGGAAUAUUUUAAAGGAUUUCAUUUGAUUUUCUGGCUCUUUGUUCCUAUUUUAGUUGGUGCAGUUUGGGGAAUAAUUGUUGGUUUUCUCUUUGGGCCAAAUGACAUAACAACAGAGUUUAUAAGGUAUUAAAAAAUGAACAGCUGGAACUUUUGAACAAAAUAUUUCAGAGGCCCAAUUGAAUCAAAAUUUGGGAUUUCAAUGGAAUCCAUCGAAUAUAUCGCAGUUCAUGUAACUAGUCUUGAUUCUUCUGAUAAUUUUGAAAAUCUCAAAUAUUUAUUAGCUUCUUCUUUUAUUGCUGUUAUUAUGGUAACUUCUGGAAUAAUUGUCGUAUUUUAUGGAAUCAAAAUUUAUUUUGCAAUCGGUGAAUUGAUUUUGGCCGGAGAAUCGGAUUAUACCAGGAAUUUGCAGAAACAAUUCUAUAAAGCGUUGAUGGUUCAGGUGGGAAAAAAACGAAUAUGGUCCGGUUUUAACAAAAAUUUGGACUCUUCUUCUGAUCUUAUCCCAAAAAAAUUUCCUACAAAAUAAAUAUUCCAUUCAAAAAUCUUCAUUAUUUUUUCCACAUUUCAAAAUAAUUAGAAAAGAUUAGGUUCCCAUCUUCCAGUUUUUCUAUAAUGCAUCCAAGUUCUUUCCUGUUUCAAUUCACUCGCUAUCAUUUGUGCACAUUUUUUGAUUGCUGAAACUCUAGCGACCAAAAGAAAUACAACCAAAAUGUAGAACAAAUUCAUUUUUUGUUUAAUUUUUGAAAAUUUACCGGACAACUUUUAUACAAAAAAAUAGGGAAAAGAUUGUGGGAAAAUGUGAGACAUUCCAUACAUUUUUAGAAAACAAAAGUUGGGAAGAAUGUCUAGGAAAAAACUUGGCCGACUCAAAAUGUGUCUCAAAACGAAAAAGAUGGUCCAAUCCAAAAACAAACAAACAAACAAACAUAUUUCCAGACCUGCCUUCCGGUGGUUUGUGUUUUCAUCCCAAUGGGCGCCGCAUAUUUUCUCCCGAUUCUUGAUAUUGAUAUAAAUACAUUCAGCGAGAUCUCAAUGUCAGUUUAUUCAAUUUAUCCAGCAAUUGAUCCAAUUCCAACUAUCAUUUUUAUUUCAAAUUAUCGAAAUGCCGUGCUUGAUUUUUGUUUUUGUCGAGAUGAAAAACGUGUGGCUCCCGAAGAAAAUUGUGUUGAUACUUAG